AACCGCCAUGGCUUUCGACUCACAGUCUUCUUCCUCUUCCCUGAGAAAUAUUUGGAAAACCGAGAUCGUGAUUUAGCUGCUAAAACCCCUAAUUGCUUCGAUCUGCUCAUUGUUUUAUUGAUUCCAAGUGAACAUGAGUAGGCCAAUGGAAGAGGAUACCAACCAGGGAAAGACGGAAGAGGAGGAGUUCAACACAGGACCACUUUCUGUUUUGAUGAUGAGUGUUAAGAACAACACUCAGGUGUUGAUCAAUUGCCGCAACAACAGGAAACUCCUUGGCCGUGUUAGGGCUUUCGACAGGCACUGCAACAUGGUUCUCGAAAACGUCAGAGAAAUGUGGACUGAGGUACCGAAAACUGGGAAAGGAAAGAAGAAAGCUCUUCCCGUCAACAGAGAUCGCUUCAUUAGCAAGAUGUUUCUCCGUGGUGACUCUGUCAUUAUCGUCCUCAGGAAUCCCAAGUAAGAGAUAGAGAGAUGUCAGCUGCUCCUACUUGUUUCUUCAUAUCAUACCCUCUCGCUUCUUAAUUGUUGCAUCGACCAAGAUACAUCUUUGAUCAUGAGUCUUAAAAUCUAGCGUUGCCUUUUAUUUUUCACAUGUGUUCUGUCUUAUCUCGUAUGACUAAGAAGCAGCGCUAACUAGUAGUUUGUGAUAGCAAAAGACAGUUUUUUUUUUUUGGGUUGGGAUUGAGAUAUCUGCU